AUCCGAACUUCCGUUGCCGGAUUCCAGGUUCUCACGGAGCGGCACUUCCACGCUCUCUCUCUCUCUCUCUCUCUCUCCGCGGACGUCGAAUCACUUUUUGUACUUUGUCGCAUACUGGUUCCAAGUUUUUUGAAUUGUAUUUUCUUUGCAGACGAGGCUCGUACGUGCCACGUAGACACUUAACUUUCCGCGAUUUUUUUUCCUCUCUCUCUCUCUCUCUCUUUUCUGUCUUUCAUGGACCUCAACGGUUGCCAUCUUUGAGCCGCCCGGGAGCCGUCACCGUCGGCCGGGCCCCAGGGCAAACAAAGUGUCUCGUCAGACUGAGUCACUGGCUUAGUUUCAACACAUGUAUGCGAAGGAGGAUUAAGGACUUUCCCCCCCCCCCCCCCUGCGUGUUCCGCUCUAACUUGACUCACGGGCUGACAUCAGAUACACUCAUCCGCCAGCCAGCUGCCCGCCCUCCCGACCUGCCUCCUUCAUGUUCGCCGGGCCGGGUUGAACCGUGCUGCCGGCCUCGUCUCUCCCCCCCUUUGGCAGGUGCAAGGCGUGGCUCUAAACGGGGGCGAGCUUUGUUCUUACAACACCUUGAGUUUGUUUGAGAGAAAGUCGACAUUCGUCUUUGUUUUGUCCCUAACCCCCUUUUUUUUUUCUUUCUUGGACUUUUAAUUCACCUCAAAUGAGAAGCUCCACCGCUCACACGUUCCUCUUCACGGUGUCGCCGACGACAGAACCGGAAUGAAAGUAGGGUAGUUUGUGAAGUUUUGACGUACAGCCAAGCGGAAAGGAGUGUUGUUUAAACAAAUAGUUCUUGGCAAGUGGACUCGUCGAGGUCAUGGCGCUGUCCCAAAUCCAAUGUCUAGACGACCACCACGUCAACUGGCGUGUGAGCGAGAGCAAGCCGGAGUUUUUCUACAGUGAGGACCAGCGGCUGGCUCUCGAGAAGCUCAUCACCCAGGGCCGUGGUGCGUUCAAGGACUACCUCCGCGAGAACAACGUCCGGGAUUUCCUGUCAGAACCCGAGCUGGAGCGGAUUGCCCACACGGCCGAGCUUUACCGGCCCGGGUACGAGCACCACCAGAAGCCGGAGACCCCCGGAGGCCACGCGGGGAUCCCCACGACACCCGGCUCCGGGGAGGAUGGAGCUUUGGACGGCGAGGUGUCGCUUCAAUACUGGCCGGACCGCUCCGAAGCCUCGGUGGCGGAGCUGGACCUCGGUUGGCCUGAAGCCAUCUCGUACCGUGGGGUGACGCGCGUGACAGUGUACACGCAGCCGCCCGCUGACGGUCAGUCGCACAUCAAGGAGGUCGUGCGCAAGAGUAUCGCUUCAGCCCAAAAGGUGAUAGCUGUGGUGAUGGACGCCUUCACUGACGUGGACAUAUUUCGAGACCUGCUGGACGCGGCCUACAGACGGAAAGUUCCCGUAUACAUAAUCAUUGAUAUGGCAGCUGUGCCCUCUUUUCUUUCCAUGUGUGGCCGAGCUGAUAUGCAUCGUGGACACCUAAAGAAUCUUCGCGUGCGCUGCUGUGGAGGCGUGGAGUUCUUCACAUGCUCAGCUCAGAAGGUUCGUGGGUCCCUGAGCCAGAGGUUUCUCCUGGUAGAUGGAGACAGAGCCAUCUCUGGUUCCUACAGCUUCACGUGGUCCUCGUCCCGCCUGGACCGUAACCUCAUCACAGUGAUCACAGGACAGUCGAUGGAGACCUUUGACUUCCAGUUUCGGGAACUGUUCCUCUUGUCACGGAGCGUGUCUCUCAGCAAGGUUCCCAUGGUCGAUGAACCCGUUCCCGAUGCGCUCCCUCAGGCCGCGCCUGUUGUCGUGCCAGCCACUGUUGCAAAGAAGCUCAUCAACCCCAAGUAUGCCCUGGUUGCCGCGGGAACGCACACAAGUCCCACUUCUUCAGACCAGAACUCCAGCAACAAGAACUCACAUGUCCCCGCUGGCUUAAAAAUUCGUAAGGGGCGUCUUAAGGAUGUUGCCGAGGAGCCGCACAUACAUCCGGCGUUGGUCAAUAUGGAGAAAGCCUACCUGAUCCCAUACCUCCCCACCUGGCCGGAACCAGACCCGCCGAGCGACGUGAUAGGUUUCAUCAACAUCAGGGACGAGAAACGAGGCCAUCAGGUUCACUUGCAGAGGUCCGAGCGCUUUGAGCUCAGUCAGGCCAUACGUUUCAGCUCUCCACUGACGCUGGCGAGUCCACCUAAAGAGUCCGGUUUGGACGCGGAAGGCGAAGCGAAACUUCCAUCUGGUAAUACCUCAGCUCCUAAGAGUGCACCCAACAAGGAGCAGCAGGAACACGCAACUCCAAAUAAAGACAGCGGUGAUGCAACAGAUUCCAGGGGGGCCCCGCAGCAACAGCCCGAUGAACUUCUCACACAGGAGACGCAACAAACACACCCUGCCCCUGCAGAGCCUCAGCCGGGGGACAACUCCGGAGAAACGCCAGCAGCAGCCCCUCCCGUCCCUAAACGACGAACGCUGCACUUGGUCAUAGACCCAGCCCCCUUGGACCAGUCCGCCGAAGCGCAGGUCACUCUGGUUAAAAUCGACAACACGGAGCGCUCCUCCAACAACAACAACAACACCCAGGAGGAGGGCGCCGACUCCGGCAGUAACGACAACGGCAGCCAGGACAGCACCAAGGUCAUAUGCGACCGAGCGGCCGUGGACGACCCGUCCAGCGCUUCCACGGUGUCCGAUGAAGAAUACUACGACUGCUCCCAACAGCAGCCUGGCAACUAUUUGGUCGACAAGGUCAGCACGGGGUCCGGCCGUGGCCACCGGCUAAUGGAUGGUGUCAACAUGAUGGCCCGCCUCUCUCAGAGCAUGCUAGACCUACGGGAGCCCAGCAAGACAGAGGACAGCGCCGCCCUCAUCCGCCAAUCACAGCAGCUGCGCAGGCAGGGCCACGGCUCGCCGCAUGGGCGCUUACGUCAGAUGUUCCCAUCAUCUAAAUCUCCUGGUCGCGAUGGGAGGCUAAGAAGCACAAAAGUCGUCAUUGCCAAACCGGGAAGCUUCCACCGCCCCCACCGAGCUAUCGGCCCCGUGAUUGGAGGACAUCGUUACUGGCACGGACAAUUGCUACAGCCGGACGCCACCCUGAUGCGCACCGAGACUCGAUCCAGCCGCUCGCCGCGUCGCCACAGCCCAGGCUAUAGUAAGGGGGCCAAGGCUUCCUCGCCAUCGCGGGCAGCCAACCCCGCUGGGGGAAUCGCACCUCUGUCCAAACUGAACAAUUUGAGACAUUUGAAGGUACGAGGUGGAGCCUCGCAGAAGAAAGUGUCUCAAAACAGCAACAAUGCCUCCAGAUAGAAAUGAUGGCCAUUCCAGGUACUCCAAUAAUGCUUGUUGAUGUUGAUAUGCUUUUAAAAUGGGUGACGCUUGCUCUAAGAAUGGAAUCUAAACGUUCAAGCUCUAACCACAUGUAAAUGAAUGUAGAUUUGCAUAUCGUGAACGAGUAAUUGAAUGUAAAUGAAUUACAUUACCCUCUAGGUGAACUGUAAAUAUAUGUGCACAUACGUUUUACUGGAUUAAUGCUUAAUAAGGCAGUCUUUACAAAUGAUCUUCAUUUUACUUGAUCCCCUCGACAAUGACUCUUUUAGACUUUUGCACUGUAAAUCUUUUUACGUACAAAACUCAAUGAUGCGAUGUGAGCCAAGUCAACGAGCUGAGUUCUAAAUGACCCCUGUGCUGAAAUCACUCCGAUUGGUCACUGACGUGGGGGCGGGGCUUGUUAUUUGCAGCAUUUGCGACCUGUACAGAUGUAGCGUGGUGUUUAUUUACAUGAUGUGGGACCAAAAGUGAAUGUUGCGAAUAAAACAGAUUUGUGUUGAAA